AGGGAACCGACCGAACGACCGACCCGCCGAAGGGCCUCUGUGAGGAAACGCGCAGUGGCAGCCGGGCGGCGGGGCCAAAAGGAACAUUAGUCUUUACAGGGGAAGCUGCUUUUUUUGCAAGCAAGAAAUUGCACAUCAAAACUGGCCAAAUAAAGGUGAAAUAAUUGAUAACAAGGGACGCCUGUAUACUCAACACUCGGGCGGGGGAUGCAAACGUUAGUCAAUUUCCGUCACUGCUUGUGUCACCGGAAUGAGAUCGACGGAUUAAACAAAACAAAGCGACAUUAUUUGCCAUUUUAGGAGCAAUGUGGUGGAAUUCCAUCUAAACAACAACUUGAUAGUUGUUUUGAUACCUUUCCGAAUCCCUUUGGUGACAUUUUUGUCUUCCAACAGUUUGAAAAGCCAAAUGUUUGGAUGUUGCGCUUUCAUUUGGUGGUUCAGCAGCCGCAGGAAGUCACUUCCGUUUGAGCGCUUUAUUUUGUGAGGCGGCGACGGAAGCGCGAGCUCAGCUUGACGUACGUCUUGUCACCUGACUUCCGGUCGGGAAGAGGAGAGGAAAAGUUGUGACUCCCCCACGCACCCAGCCCCUCUGUCUCCAGUACGGACGUAGAAGUUGUUUCGAGGUCCGAGGACGAGGAAACGGAAUCUAAUAGCCCGCCCGCGCUCGAUGGGAAUAUCGCUCUUUUCGACACGGGAAAGUCCCUUGGUGUCCGUCGGAGUGACGCAAGGGAGCGGACUCGCCGCCGCUCGAAACUGCUCGGGAACCAACGCCGUGACGACGACGACGACGGCGAGGAGAACGAGAACGAGAACCAUGACCACUACUUUGGAGAGCUAAGGGCCGGCCGGAGUUGGCUUGCCCGUGUGUCUCUUGUGGGAUCUCUCUUGAAGUUUUGAGCGCUUUGCUUGGAGUUUACGGAAUGCGCAGUGGUGGUCAGUCAGUCCCGUACCACUGGGCCGGGCCGGCUGGCUCGAGUCAAUGCUCCCUUUCCUGCUAUUCUUCUCCGCACUCCUCUGCGCUUCCUGCUUGUGCUGGCCCACUCUACUUAAUGGCUAAAAAUACUUAAAAACAGAGCUGAGGGUCCGGUGGGGAAGCCCGGAUGAGCCUUUGUCAGCUUCUCGUCGUUGGAAUGCUUCUUCAGUCGCAGCGUUUGACUUGGCUGCAAAGGCAGUUGCUCGAAUCCAGGCCGAAGGAACUUUGCCAGCUUCUUGUCUUUCGCCGCCAAUGGCGCUUUUGGACUCUAGCGAAUGGCUAAAAAGUCUGGACAACAGAGUCCAGUCAGGAAGCCUCCCUCGCUGACCCUUAGUCAGCACCUUUGACUAUUUUGGCCCGGUGAGAUUGUUUUGUGCGUGUCACGGCACGGCAUUAAACGCCAAUCCGUUUGACCUGCGAGUCAGAAAAGCUGGACAGGCGCUUUGCGUCUCCGCGAGGUUUGGAUGGCGGCGAGUCGCUCGGUGCCCUCCGCGAUGCUCUCCUGACGUUUGAUUGAGCUCCAAGCGCCUGUUGACAAAGCGCACGCCUCCAGAGCAAAGUUGGCUAGGACCCGAAUUCCCACCGCUCCGACCUGCCGGUCACCCCGACCGAAGAUGCCACCCGCCUUUGUUUCCCCUCCAAUGGAAUCGGCCCCGCCGCCGUUCCUUCCUUGCGAACGUUCCACUCAUCCCCGAUGACCCAGCGGGACGGAAGGGCAAGAGAGGAGCGAGGCGCCGUCCGCUACGCUACGCCUUUGGACGUGAUUUUCAAAGCCUCGGUCGGUCGGGGUGCCGUCGGGUCAAAGCGAGCGUCGGAGGCUCCAUGGAGCCGCUGAAGAACAUAUUCAGCCGAGGCCCGCUGUCCGCCUGGAAGAACUCUGAGCAAUCGCAGAAAGGCAACUUCAGCAACCCCGUGUGGACGGCCUUGUUUGACUACGAGGCGGCCUGCAAAGACGAGCUCACCCUACGGAAGGGCGACCUGGUGGAGGUCCUCUCCUUGGACGCUGAGAUCUCCGGCGAUGAGGGUUGGUGGGCGGGCAAGGUCAACAACAAGGUGGGCAUCUUCCCCUCCAACUAUGGCUCCUUCAAGCCUGGGGCAUACGGGAAGCUCCCGGGCGGCGGCGCCACCGCCGUGGCGGCGGCGGCGGCGGGUGAGCUGGGCCCCGCCGUGGCGGUGGGCGCCUCUGAACCUGCCGUGGUGAAUUUCCGUGAACUCAGCCUCCAGGAGGUGAUCGGGGUGGGCGGCUUUGGCAAGGUGUACCGCGGCACGUGGCGGGGCGCGCUGGUGGCGGUGAAGGCGGCGCGCCAGGACCCCGACGAGGACAUCAGCGUGACGGCGCAGAACGUCCGGCAGGAGGCCCGACUCUUCGCCAUGCUCACCCACCCCAACAUCAUCGCCCUCAAAGGCGUUUGUCUGCAGGAGCCCAACCUCUGCCUCAUUAUGGAGUACGCUUCGGGCGGGCCCCUGAGCCGGGCUCUGGCCGGCCGCCGCAUCCCGCCUCACGUCCUGGUGGACUGGGCCGUGCAGAUCGCCCGCGGGAUGCUCUACCUCCACAGCCAGGCCAUCGUCCCCGUCAUCCACCGGGACCUCAAGUCCAACAACAGUUUCUGUCUACCGCCCACCGCUUUCCAAAUGACAUGUUAUUUGCCUGAAAAAGGAGACUCGGGAAAUGGACCAAAAGUACGUCCUCCUCCAGGAGUCCUUCUGGCUCAGCCCAUCGAGAACGAACGCAUGGAGGCGCUGACGCUCAAGAUCACCGACUUUGGCCUUGCCAGGGAGUGGCACAAGACCACCAAGAUGAGCACGGCGGGCACUUACGCCUGGAUGGCCCCCGAGGUCAUCAAGUCCUCCACCUUCUCCAAGGGCAGCGACGUCUGGAGUUACGGCGUCCUGCUGUGGGAGCUGCUGACGGGAGAGGCGCCCUACAAAGGCAUCGACGGGCUGGCGGUGGCGUACGGCGUGGCCGUCAACAAGCUGACGCUGCCCAUCCCUUCCACCUGCCCCCAACCCUUCGCUCAGCUCAUGGCAGAAUGCUGGGACCAGGACCCCCACCGCAGGCCCAACUUUGGCUCCAUCCUGGCUCAGCUGACGGCGCUGGAGCAGCAGGUGAAGGAGGAGAUGCCGCAGGACUCCUUCCACUCUCUGCAAGAGGACUGGAAGCUGGAGAUCCAGGACAUGUUUGACGAGCUGCGCGCCAAGGAAAAGGAGCUGCGCUGCCGCGAGGAGGAGCUGAAGCGGGCGGCGCUGGAGCAGAAGUCCCACGAGGAGUUCCUGCGCCAGCGCGAGCAGCAGCUGGCCCAGUGGGAACAGGACGUGUUUGAGCGCGAGCUCAGCCUCCUCAUCCUGCACCUCAACCAGAACCAGAACCAGGAGAAGCCCAACGUCAAGAAGCGCAAGGGCACCUUCAAGAAGCACAAGCUCAAGAGCAAGAACGGCGAAAAGAUCAGCAUGCCCCAAGAUUUCAUCCACAAGAUCACGGUGCAGGCAUCCCCCGGCCUGGAGAAGAGACGCAACUCGCCCGAUUUGGGCUCGGCCUCCUCGCCCUCCUUCGGCCCGCGUUUCCGCGCCAUCCAGCUCAGUCCCGGCGACAGCGGUGGCGGCAGCAGCGGAGGCAGGCCAUUUGGUCUGAGCGCGGCGUGGCCCCUGGAGGUCCCGUCCCCUAAGCAGGCCAACGGAGAGCUCAAGUCCCAGAGCCCCAAAAGUCCCAAGAGCCCCAAAGUCCUGCGCCUGAGCCCUCAGGAGAGCAGUUUGUCCAUGAGAGCCAAGCUGCUGGUGUCCCAGCGCGACCACAAUGGAGAAGACGCAGACGACUUUGAGGAGUACACAGCCUCGGCGGCGGCGGCGGCGAGCCCGCCUCACGACGGCUCCUGGCUGAAGCCCGACACCUGGCGGCUUCAGCAAGGCGAUUCGGGCGGCGAAGAAGGAGGCUCUUCUCUCAAGAGCGCCCGCCGCGCUCUGCUGGCCAGCGGCGCUCUCCUGGCUUCUGUGGGCUUAGGUCGAUGCCUGGACGUCUCCCCGAAAGUGCCUCCUCGAACUCAGCCCCCAUCCCUGGAGGAGUGCACCGCCAAGCCGCCCCGCUUCGUGGACGACCUCAUCACUUUCGCCGCCGAGCCCGUUUCCCGGCCGCUUUUGGAUCCGGCCGAGCCCCCGGGGGAACCCGAGUCCCCGGGGGAACCUGAGCCCCCGGGGGAACCCGAGCCCGGCUUCCCCGACAUCGCUUCGGACCGUGCGGGCGAGAGGAGGAGGAGAAGGUCCAGUCCGGGCCUGCGAAGCUCCCACCUCGUUCUGGACUUGCCCCUGUGCCGAGACACGCCGGACGCCGAAGAACAGCCGGCCGCCGCCGCUGCGGCCGGCUCACUGGGCCUGGACGCUGCCCUUUGGACCCCCAAAUCCUGCUGCCACCUGGAGGUCAGCGUCAUCCCCCGCCCUCGCCCCUCCCCCAUCCGGCCCCGCAUCGACGCGUGGAGCUUCGUCUCGGCGGGCGCCGGCCGUAACUGGAGCCGCCCGGACGGCGUCCCGGCGGGGUUCCGCCCCUCCCCGACUAACCCCUUUGGCAACUGCGACCCCUUCCCUUCGCCCGCCUGCGAUCCCUUCGCUCUCAGGGCCGACCCGCCGGGAGCCUGGGACAAAGCGUCGCCCUUUGACCCCUUCCCGCCGGGCGCCUGGGACAGAGCGUUGCCCUUUGACCCCUUCUCGCCGCCGCCUUUCCCCACCUCGCGUUCGGCGCCGUGCUCCGCCAGCGGCUCGCCCACGCUGCCGUCGUUCCGCGCGGCGCCGCUGGACCCGCCCGACUCGUCGCUCAUCGACUUGGGUUGGGCGGCGUGCGGGGGGAAGAGCCCAGACGCAACCAAAGAGAGAGUCCGCCCCCGAAGGACUCUGGGGCUCAAACCCUUCAAGUCGCCGACGCAACUCCGAGACGACCGCUUCUGAAGUCCACCCGGUUUGUCCGAGACUCACGCCCCCCUGAAAGUCCAGGUCUGGUUUUAAUGUUAGCGUAUGGCGAGAUUUCCUAUUUGGGUUUUGACCCCUUUGAACUUCAGGAGGGCCUUUUUUUUUUCCAACUUGAUCUGGCGCUCUGGACCAAAAGCAUUCGCUUAGAAGAAUUCAACCCUGUUCUUGUUUGCGGAAUCUGAAAUCUUAAACAGGCCACUUGACUGAAAAUAACAUUUGUCCCGACUGGUCCCGGCUGAAGCUGAACUGCCAAGGGUCUUGACCCGAGAGCCGGCCGGCCGGCAAAUAUCAUUUUCAGCCACCGGUGAGUGGUAAAAUUCCUCCUCCCUCCCCAUCCACAUGGAUUGAAAACGGGUCCACUUAGCUGCUUGACAAAGACAAUCUUGAUCCGAGUGCCGUCUUUAGAGCGAGUGCAGGGGGCCGGCCGGCCAGCCAGCCACAAUGUGAGUAUUCUGGUCCAGAACAUUUGACUUCUCUUAUCAGGCUCAGAACCAAAGUGAGCGAGCGAGCGAGCGAGCGAGGUAGUUUUAGUUGAAAAUGUGCCGUGCCUAAGGCUUCCUGGUCAUUCCCGUGGACGCCUUCCUUGGCACGGCUCUGGCAAAGAUGGCAGAUGAGGGACUCUUGAACAUUUUGCCAUUCCCGCUUUGUGUGCCGAGUGGCUGCUUUUGCCACAUUCUGGUUGCAGGCAGGCAGGCAGGCAGGGAGGGAGUGCCUGAUUUACAAAGGAGAUAGAGAACGUACGUCUUGCUCGCAUUCCAGGACAACGGCGGCCAUUCCAAACGCCAAAGAGUGCCACUGUGACAAUACGGGGGAUUAUUUGCCGCCAUUCCGACCCGCUUCCGUGUCAAGCGCGAGUUCAAAUUCCCGGGUGGCCUGUUGUGUGUCACGUGAGCGGCCGGUCGGUCCCAAGCGACCGAUGCGUUUGUGACUAUCCGGCAGCCCGCCCCACCCAAACGAUGGACUUUCAUUUGCGUGUCUGCCUAGGGGGGGGGGGGGGGUGGGGGGGUGCUUAUUUCCAAAUGGCUUCGGCGCUCGGUCACACACACUGGAUGAAAAUGGUGGGACAUCAGGAGCAUGAAAACAAAGUUCCACUGGACUAUUUGAACCUGUUUGUACGGACGGGUGCUCCGCAGCUUCACCGUGACAAUCUCUCCAAUCAUGAAUGGGAUGAUCUUUUGUUUUUUUCAACCUGAUUUGCGACCCUUACUGUUCUGCUACUGUGUACCUCCACGGAGCCUUUUCAGCGUCUCUGCGCCUGUGCCGGCCGUCGGGAUAUGUGAAAGGCUUUGUGACGGCUUCUGUCAAAAAAAAAAAAAAUAAUCAAAUUGGAUUGUCCUUAUCUCUUGUUUAGCCUUUGGUUGUGUGUUGUUUGCAGGAUCAUGUAAAUGAUUGUUUUUAUUGUCCUUUUUUUUCUCUUCCCCUCCAUCUUUGCAUUUGGGCCUCAGAGAACUUGAGAAAUGUGGCCCGCGCCGGCCGGGCAUCUUAUUGUCUUGUGUCAGGAGGGCUCUUUCUCGACCCACUGUGUGAACGAACGUGUUCUUUUUAUUUCUUGACAAUUGAGAUGGGAUGGAUUUUAACCUGUGGAAAAAAAAAGACAACCAAAUAAAUGUAACUUUUGAACA